AUAUGCCACUAGUGCAAAAGAUAUUCUUUCCGUAUUGAAAUAGUUCACUCCCGGUUUGACUGAUGUCUUUCAACACUGGCUGGCUUAGCCCACUCUGACACUUUUUUCUUUAUAGAAUCUUCAUAGAACAGCUUUAUCAAAGUCACUGUGUGAGUGCGUGAAAUCCGAAACUAGAAACACAAGAUGAAGCUUCAAGUGUACGCAGAUCGCGUAUCUUCACCAUCCCGCGCAGUUCUGCUUUUCUGCAAGUAAUAUAUGUCUUCUUUCAGUUCUUUCUUUCUCAAUAACCUUCCUGUGUUGUUUAAUUAUGUUGAUAAAAUUUUACUAUUUCUUUCCCUUUAAAUGAAUCAAGAUUUGUUCUUUAAGUUGUUGUAAAUCAUAUAGAUGGCCUAUUGUGAAUUAACAGGUUAAACGGGAUAGAUUUUGAGGAAAAGACGAUUGAACUUUCCAAAGGAGAGCACCUAUCCCCUGAAUAUGCAGGUAAACAAACUAUAUCCGGAAUUGAAGAAAUUCGGCUCAUUCGACAAUUUCAUUUGUAUUUAUGUUUUCUCUCGCAUUAUUUCCAAUUGGGUUUUGUUGCAGCCAUCAAUCCCAUGAAGCAAGUGCCUGCAAUUGUGGUUGAUGAUGAGUUCAAGCUCAAUGAGAGCCAAGCAAUUAUUAAGUUUCUUGUGGAGGCUUUCCCUCAAGUUGCUGAUCACUGGUAUCCUAAAGAGUUGUUCAAAAGAGCACAGAUCAACUCAAUCUUAGCUUGGUAUCACACCAAUCUACGUCGUGGUACACUUAACUUUGUCAUCCAUAGUACUUUUGCACCAGUAUUUGGUCUGCCUUUGGAUCCAGAAGCAGCAGCUGAAGAUGAAAAAGUUCUGUCAGGCUCUCUGGCUCACAUUGAAUCUUUUUGGCUGAAGGGGGAUGGACCUUUUCUACUUGGUAGCUCUCAGCCUUCCAUUGCAGAUUUGGGUUUAGCUUGCGAAAUCAUGGAACUUGAGGUUGUGGAUGAUGGGGCUCGUGAAAGAAUAUUGAGCCCUCAUCAGAAAAUCUUGAAGUGGAUUGAUGCGACGAAGAAUGCCACACAGCCCUAUUUUGAUGAAUUCCACGCCCUCCUUCCCCAAGUCAAGCAGACCCUUCAAAACAAAAUCUGAUGGAGACAAAAAUCCAAUAGACAGAAUCCGAGACUAUUCUAAUCUUUUCUUUGGAAUCAGACACAGUUUUGGGGACGUUUAUUCAGUUCCUAAUGAACCUAAUAAAAACAUUUCGGCGUGCUGCCUGUGGAAUAAAGUGAAAUGAUUUGCCUGUUUUUUUAUUCUUGACUAAGGAUAAUUAUUAUUUAUUUUAUAACCUUAUAUUAUAUGAUAUCGCUUCUCGAAUAACACUCGUUCUUUUGUUAAAGCCAAAAUUAGGAAACUCAUUAUCAUACGCUGAUUUAGUGAUAAUUGAAUCAUUUGGAUCAGGCUUGAUGGUCCAAUCCUAAUUUUGGUAGCGUGAUGAUUAACAAUACACAGUGACAGAGAGUAUAUGUUGAUCAUCAUGCUAGCGUUAAAACAUCGAACAUUCACUUUUUAAUCAUAAAAUGAUAAUGCUAUCAAUUUUAAACCAGUUUCUCUUCUAAUAAUUAAGUAAUGUCGCAAUGGAUAGUAGGAAUAUGUAAUAGAGUUGUACAGUUGAACUGUUUGUUAAUUAUGCGCCAUUUUGGUGAUGUUGAU